UCACAACUCUAGCACAAGCCGUGGAAAAUAGAGGCAGAACGCAGAAGAUGGCUGACUUAACUGGGCACCUAAAGCCCUCAACGGCAUCACCAGCUUCACAUGGGCUGUUCCCAAGCUUGACAUUCGUUGUUUGGCAACUCUAAAGCGUCCCCGCCUCACACUUGUCCAGGCUACUCUUAACCGUAAAUAUAGAUAGAGAAAUUAUAAAAAAUGGCAGAAAUGGAAAAAGAAGGUAGACCCCCCGAAAAUAAAAGAAGCAGAAAACCGGCUCACCCAGUUAAAAGGGAAAUCAACGAGGAAAUGAAGGUUGGGACUAAGCGCGCCCACCCAUGGGCAGCCAAGGCGGGUGAUCUCCAUGGCAACCCGCCCUACUCCAUGAGUUUUGCUGAAAACACCAUGAACGAGCUGCUGGGGUGGUAUGGCUAUGACAAGGUAGAGCUGAGGGACUCAGAUAGCCUCGACAUGCGCAGCUACCCAGACGGAGAGCCUCCACAACACAUCUCUGUCCUUAAAGAAAACUCUUUGCCAAAAGUCCCAGCAUCUAUGGAGAGCAACCAUACUUCCCCAAAUCAAGCCAACAGCUCCCACUCCACACCAACCUCCCGGAACGGAGGGACAGAGCCCUCCACCACUCCUUCCACCUCAGGGGCCAGUGCAAAGGAUCAUGGGAACAUGCCCAUAAUCGUCCCCAUAAUCCCGCCCCCUAUGAUAAAACCGCCAGCAGACGAGGAAAUGUCCAACAUCCAGAUCAUGUGUGCCUGGUGUCAGAAGGUUGGCGUGAAACGCUAUUCCCUCAGCAUGGGAAGCGAGUUGAAGAACUUCUGCAGUGAGAAAUGCUUCGCUGCGUGCCGCAGAGCCUACUUCAAGAGAAACAAGCUUGGAUAUGUAAGGAAUUACACUGCGAGAGAUGAAGACGGCCUUGGUGAGAAAUUACCCCAGCACAGCUAUGCUAAGGAUACGCCCAGGCUUGUCUUCAAGACAAACAGCGAUGUUCUUGUCUGUGACUGGUGCAAGCACAUCCGCCACACUAAGGAAUACCUGGACUUUGGUGCUGGUGAGCGAAGACUGCAGUUUUGCAGUGCCAAAUGCCUGAACCAGUACAAGAUGGACAUCUUUUACAAGGAGACCCAAGCAGCACUCCCAGGGGGUUUGUGUAACCCCGGGCACGGCCUGGGGGAGAGCAAGACAGAGGGUGGCACUGGAGUGCAGCUCCUCACACCGGAAUCCUGGGGCACCCCCUUGACGGACCUGCGGCAUAAGGCCCCAUCUCCUGGGGGGGGAACCUCGUCCAUGCUGGCCCCUUCCAGCUCCAGCGCCGCCUCACCCUCUGAAAGUGGUGCAGUCUGUUCCCCCUCCUUGGCCAAAAACCCGACACCUCGACCCCAUGAGAGCCCCACUUUGCCCCCACCACCGGUGCCCACCCUGCACCCUGCCAUGGGUGUACCCCCAGGCAGCCCCCCCAUGGUGAUGACUCCCCGGGGGCCGGUACCGCUGCCGUUGUUCAUGGAGCACCAGAUGAUGCAGCACAUGCGCCCACCUUUCCUUCGCCCGCCCCACACCACAGGCCCAAACAGUCCCCUGUCCAACCCCAUGAUCCCUGGCAUUGGGCCCCCUCAGCCCAUGCCACCCAGGACCCUUGGCCCUCCAUCCAGCUCUAUGCACCGCCCCUUACUCUCUCCACAUCUUCACCCCUCCUCUAAUGCCAACCUGGCAGGGAUGCCCCCUCACCCAGGUCUCCACAUACCUGGCUACCCCCCAUUCCCCCCCAUCAACAUGAUGAACGGGCACAUCCCUAUGCCCCCAAUGAUGAACUUUGGCAUGCCAUCCCUUGCCCCCUUGGUGCCCCCACCCACUCUGUUAGUCCCUUACCCUGUCAUUGUCCCCUUACCUGUCCCAAUCCCCAUCCCGGUGCCUAUUCCAUAUAACCCCAAGACCUCCAGGGACCACCCACACAGCAAUGACCCCAUUCCCAGCGCCUCGGAGGAAUCUACUGAGCCCCUGGAAACACAAACCUUUUCCCCUAGUUCGUCUGGAGGGGAUGGAGACAGGAAGGUGGGGUCGUCCAGCUCCGGAGGGCCGCUUUCACCUGAAUUCUCCAGCUAUACCCCCGGCCAUUUUGGUUCGGAGAGGAGUAGGACUUCCCUUGUGGACUUGACUGUGAAGGCCGAGGAGAGUUCGGGAAGCAGCCCUAACUCAGGCCUCUCCAGCGCCCCCUCUCUGACGGAGGGUGUGAUUGACCUGACUCUAGGCCGGCGCUCACGGGGGCAGCAGGUCAUCCAGAGGGUAACGCCCAGCGUCCAGGUGAAAGUGGAGCCAGAACAGGAUUUGAGCCCUUCUCCCACCAGGCCAGCACCCCUGCAUGCCCCUGGGCUGGGGAGGGACAACAGCCUGCCCGAGGAUUUUGUGGACGAGGAGGAGGCAAGGAAGGGUGCUGAUGGCCCGCUAGACUCAGCCUCUCCUCCUAGUGGCAACACGUCUCUCUGCAGCACAGAGCCCUCUUUGCUCCAGCCAGAGCCAUACCCCUACCAGCUCCCUCCACCCAGCAACGCCACACGGACCGAUCUCAGCACCGUAACCUCCUGUAAUGUCCUAGUCAACGGCACCGUCCGGAGCACUCUCCUCACACCUACCUCGGAGCAGUGCCUGGACCGCAGAGGAGGAGAGGGCGGACCAGUCAACAUGGAGCUGGAGCGGGAGGCGCUGAAGGAGAACAGCUGCUCAGUAGCAGAGUGGGACACAGGUAAGCGGGUCUCAUGUGAGGAGGCGGGGGGCACUGGGGAAGGCAAACCGGAUCCUGACGGCAGUCUCGAGGACGAGGAACACGCCUAUGCACUGCCCCUGCUGCCCAAGGCUGGCUCUGAAGUAAUCCAGCCUGUGCCAAAGCCCUGCUCCGACAAGACGGCCAUCUUGUCCUGUGGCAUCAGUGCACCGCUGGCUGCCGGGAGUCCAGAGCUGGAGCCGCCGCUAAAGAGGAGGUGCCUACGAAUUCGCAAUCAGAACAAAUGAGGCGGAAAAGUCCAGAUAAAUGGCAGCUCUCCAUCAGAGUGAGAACAGCGGAACACUGCACUGUGGACGACAUGAACCCUCUACAGAGACGCCUUCCCAACACCAUCUCUCCAACACCACCUUUCCACCCCUCCAACACCAUUACCCCGACAGUCCAGCCUACCAGCAUUUCAGCCUUGUUACCUGAUGGGAAUUCAGACAGGCAGAUUACCAAUCCAACAGGCCAACUAGUCACUCUAAAGGGACAUGGAGGCCUUUGACCCAGAUCAGAAACCAUUCUCUCCUUUUGUUUCCUCUCAGUCGAUACUCAGCCCACACUGCCCCUAUAAAUAAGCCUGUUGCAUCUUUUCUCAUUCAUUUAUAGUUUAGUCAGGUUUCUGCUAUGAGACUCUUCAGAAACAGUGAUUGAAUAGUAGCAUACCAGCAAUUCUAUGGGUGACCUGGAGGGGGACACUCCUACAUUGGAAUGACCUCGAAGCACCUGAACUAGAUAUAGGAGUUAAUGUUGUUUGCUCAACAAUGUUAUUUUCCAUUCCUUUUAUUACUAAGCCCUUUUAACUCAGUGAAACAUUUAGGCAUGCAAAUAAUGUUGAGACGGUGAAAUGAAUAUAAACUCACAUUUGACUGUGAUUAACGUUAAUAUGAAUGUUUCCCAAUAAGCCCUUUAGAAGAAUAUAAAUAAAUAAUUGAUGAAUAAAUCCAUCUGGCAUUUUCUCAGUUGGUGUGCAAGGGUUUAUUCAGAGACAUUAUGAGUUUAUAUUGAUUAUACGUUACUUGGAUUAUUUGCACAAAACGUGUCUCAUAUGAAAAGGCUUUUCAGUCAAAUGACGUGAAGCUCUCCUCACUCAACCUUCACCCCAAUUUCCCCAACUAGCACAAACGCUCAUCCCAACCCAUAUCCAAACAAAUACAAUUUCCCAUCAAUCAUUCUUUCAGUCAGCAAUGUCUGCUGGCUGUACUUGGAUAUAGCAACCAAACUAGGACACACCUUGGAAGGGUAUCAAUCAACAGGAAUUGUUUUGCUGAGUCGUGACUGUUGAGGAGAAUCGAUGAUGAGAGGUGACGGCUCUUGUAGAUCCCAUGAGCCUCUCCUACAACAUGCACUCUCCACUGGAGUGAGGCCCCCGUGAGACUGAAACUAUUUCAUGUCAGUGGUCUUUGUGUAGCAAAAAGACAAGCAUUUGCAAUAAAAUUGCAGAUUUGAUGACAACAGGGUAGAAAAACUCACCAGCAAAUGAAGGUGGGUAGAUGUUGAGUUUGUGCAAUUUUAGCAAUUGAAUCAUGGAGGAAACUGCUUAUCUGUACCUCCACUGCAUGGACACCUAAAGUAUAUAGGAUGUGGUCAGACAGUACUUUACAGCUCACUUGUAAUUGUGAUAAUCACUGAUAUAGAUAAAUAUACAUUUGUCAAGCUGUAUGACAUCUGUGUGUCUGAUAACCAAGGGUUAUGAGUCUAUCCAAAUCUCUGUCCAGAUGGACGCUACUUAUCACAAAGCAUCUUGAAAUAAGUCUGUGCCAUCCCCCUGUUAAGGAGCGGUGUGCAUUUGUGAUAACUGAGAGUCCAUGAAAAGGAUAGAAGAAGUCAAAGUGUAGAUAUUACUCCCAUCAGAGAAUCCAUCUUUUCUACAUUGUGAUUUUAAGAAGUGUCUUGAUAUAAAUUGCGAGUAUUUCUUCGUUGACUGAGUGCAAGGGAGGUAACAUGCUGAAUUACAAUCACAUCAUUGUUAAGCAAUGAGGGAACCCAGCAUGUAGAGAAUUUCUUUCCAUCAGCUCCUUCUGGUUUUCUGUUGUCUUUUUGCAAUGUUAAACUACUGAAAACACCUGCAUCGGCUACCUGUCCGGCCCAACUGUCUUCAAAUUGAAAAGGAAUAAGAAUCAAAAGUUUGAAACGUUUUACCAGUCUAAACCAAAACUCCAGAUGUUGUUUGCCAGUGUUAAGUUAUGUCAUUACAUGUUUUCAAUUUAUUUAUUAACAAUGUGUCAAAUGUUGUGUCAAACCUGUUCCAUUAAUGCGAGGGUGCCAGGCUCUAUUGUAGUCCUGUAGGUUCUGAUAACAACACAAGGCAGUCGACUAUGUAGUUAGCGGCAUGUACAUAAUGGAAUGAGGCGUUUAUUGGGUUGGUAUGUUUCAGAAUACCAUAUAGGAUGUUGACAUGCAUGACAGCAGAUCAUAAUAUAUCAAAUGCCAAAUACCUUACAGAAUCUUAAAUCCCGCAAAAAAAAAAUAAGUGGCUUGUUUUCAGUGCGAAGCAUACAUUGGAUUUAAAAUCUGCAACAAUGACAAAACAAUAUGGCAAAUUAUGGACUGAUUCCACCAAAUAGGUUUCAGAUUGGUUAACACACACCACAUCUGUAAUUACAACACUAGCCUGGCCUUAUAUUAGCACACAGGCUCACAAAUCCAAAUUUUUGGCAGAUUGAUGAAAUGUUCCAAACGUGGGUUCCCUCACCCAUAGUUCUAUCUCUCUGGCCAGUCAUAUCCUCUGAUGACAAUAGGUUUAUAGUCUCAACGUGUGCCAGCCAGUGGGAAUCAGAGACUGCAGGUCAGAUUGGAGACUGUUGACUCUGAGUAAGCUCUGCAACACAAUCUGCUGGGUGUUGAUAGUCAGGCAUUUAGGCUCCGCUUGCCCUGUGCCAAGACUGGGAUUUUGUGUCACUGUAGUCAUUGCCUUGAAUAUCCCCGCUUUCUACGUUCAAUCCAUGUCGGAUAUUUCUGUAGGUCUACCCAAGCCUUCGGCAUGAGAGAGGUCUAAGAUGUGUGUAUGUAUGCGUGUGUGUUCGUCUGUCACCCCUCUCUGUUCAUAAUAGCCCACCACACACACACUUACUAGGAUGAUAGCUGACGGUGACAACAAAAGGCACAGCCGUUUCUGAGAGAAACUGAAUAAAUUCAAUUUCUUCACAAUUUUUGCUUGACCUCGGCUGUGUAACUGCAGAGCAGGAGACAAGGACAGAUAUAGCCUUGAAACUGGAAACUAGCAGUGUCUGCGGCUCCUGCCAGAUGUGGGAGACGCUUGAAACUGAGACAAUGAAACAGGUUGUCUGUCUCAUAGAAAGUGUGUGUGUGUGCGUGUGUGUGUGUGUGUGUGUGCGUGUGCGUGUGUGUGUGUGCGUGAGUCUGUCCUUGUUAAGCUGGAGCACUGAUAGGAAUGCAUAUAGAAUCACACACAUUUUCCAGGUGCUUUGAGACUGACUUAAACAUUUGUCAUGUACUCAUUAAAGGUAUCCCAUUAUUAUACAAUCAGUAUAAAACUGGCAUGAAAUAAGUCAAUUUAGGGUGAACAUAGUUGCCAUCUUGUUGACCUCUUUAUGACACCUUUUCACGAUAAUAUGUUGGUACUUUAGCGAAGAGGAGUUUAACUAAACAUUCAGACAGGACAGAAUACUACGGCUUUGAUUCACUUUAUUUGUAUGUGAGAUAAUCAGUGCAAUGUAGUUGUGAUAUCGCAGUAGUAAUUAAUACAGUCACUGCUGUUAACUCAGUCCACGUGGGAGUGCUUCUAAACAAUUGAGACUUUUGUCAGCUAGCACACUGAUGCUACCGACAAACAUACACACACACUUAGCAUUACUUUCACAGUAGUUGCUCCCUUUGCAUAAUUUGUCUUUCAAGCUGUUUAUGUAUUGCUCUGCCGUGUUCAGUUAUUUGAGACACAUUCAUUUGAAGAUGAUUUUUAAAAAUAUAUAUAUAUAUAUUUGAGAUAAUCUCGUUUGUCUUUUUUGUGGCAGAAAGAUUGGAAAAAGAUUUGAGAGUAGCAAACGUACUGUUUUCUGUAAUUUCCAACACUAGUCAAAAGAAGUGAUGGUGGCUUGGUCAACAGCCUGAAAUAUGCAAUGACAACUUCCUAUACAAAAUCUAGAGAGAGCAGAAUACUUAUCGUACGAAAACAACAACAUGAAACAUUUCAUGUGACUUUUCAAACGUAGACAGAAAAGCUGCCUUAACUCUUGCUUGUGUACUCUAUAGUGCAGAUGACAAUGCUUGCUUGUAAAAAAGACCCCCUCACUUUGUAUAAAACCAAAUGGACAAAAAAAAACUUUGUUAUCUUGCUAGUAUUGAUGUAUAGAUGAUCCGCCUUUCUGUAACUUGUAUGAACCCUCACAUUUUGCUAAAAAAAAAAGUCCUUCAGCACUCAGACUCCUAUGUCUCAGACAUCCAGAUCAUCUUACGUUUUACCAUGUGACGGUUUCUCAAUCUUUUUGUGUACAUUUUAUAGUAUUAUUUAUUGUUGACAAGUCUUUGCAUUUGCAAAUAAAAAAGGUGUUGGACUGGGCAUUUUGUUCAAAUGUAAAUGCUUGGUUUAAGAGUGAAAAGCUUCUUUUAUAUUGAAAAGUGAAGAAAAUUGUCAGGAGAGGAGAGAAUCAUUGUCUUUUUAUUAUGAAGUUGUAUCUAUAACAUGUUGCCAAGAUUGCUUUGAAAGAAAUAAUUUUGUGUUGUAACAGUAUUUGUUUUACCCAGUGAAUUGCUUAUUGAGACUAAUAAAUAGCGGCA